UACGUGUAAUAUUUAUUCAACUUAUUUCUUUUACUCUUACUCUAAAUCGUCACUCUUUGACAAUGUUUUUGUGAAUAAAAUUGAAAACAUUUAAUUUAUCACCGUUACUUUAUCAGAUUUUCUAAACGAGUGGUUCUUCCAAAUCCGGUUACUUUGCUGUGGCGUCGCUUCGAUCGGUCGCCGCGAUGUUUUUUUCACCACUCCAAGUAUGAGUGGUAAAAUUCAUAUCAAAGUUUCAUAGAUUUCAUCAGAAUAUUUUUCGUAUACGAAUUGGUUGAAAUGCAUGAAAUUAAUCAUGUUCUAUGGGUUCUGUGCUAAUGGAUAAUUGUCUAUUUUAUUUCUGAUCAUUUUUGCUAUUCAAAUCGAUUUGACAUUUUGUGGUCCGUUUGCGAGCGAUUUUACGCGGAACACAAGAAAAUACUCAAAAUACUUAUCUUUUCUUCUGUAUUUUGAUUGGCUGUCUGAGAAUUUUCGAGCCAAUUCGGAAUGUGUUGGGAGUGGAAAGUUUCCUGAAAUUUUCCACACGCGCUCUCCGCGCGAAAGUUUCAGUGGUGUGUGCGGAUUUCAUGCAACUUUGAAGGCCUCAGCAGAGUGGUGGGAAAGUGGAGAGUGACAGUCGAUGUGGGAUUCCCUUCGAGAGUAGUGGUAGUGGAAAGUGUUUGCACAUUAAAAAUAAAACUUUUUUGCCACUCUGGGCGUUUCUACAAGCAUUUGGCGUGAAGGAGCACUGAGCAGAGAAUGCAAUGGAUGAUCCCCAAGUGACGGAGAAUGCCACAAAGUUGGGGGAGAGCGCCGGAAGCGAUGGCCAGCAGGCGGAGGGAGUUUUCGCGAGUGAUGACAACAGAGAGAUCACAGGGAAUAAUGGACACCUACCACAUCGCCAGCGCCGUCAAUGGGCCAAGGCGAGACAGGCUGGCACUCUUGACGUCCACCACCUGUCCUCGAGUCGACGCGUCUCGUUCCCCAAGCACGACAGCGAGCUCGUGACGGGCUACCUGGAGCCCGCGAAUCCCUGGGCCAUCUCCAAGCCCAACCUCACGUCCAAGGAGCUCAUUGAGCUGUACAAGAAAUCCUGCCUCAAGCACGACGUGGAGCCGCUGCUCGUGGUGGUGAAGCACCUCGAGAGCCUCGACUUCCAGAACAUGACGCUCCGCAGCAACUCGCUCAUCCUCCGCGACAGCAAACUCAAGCCCGAAUCAUGCGAAGCCCUCGAGGAGAUUCUCAAGCGAAUUCAAUACAAACUAAUUGACUUGACGUCAUGUGACCUGGAUGAUAGCUCGGCGUCUGCCAUGUUUGACAUGAUAGAGUUCUACGAGGCGGCCACGGAGCUGGACAUCUCUGAGAAUUGCUGCAUCUCCCACCGCGGGUGGCAGGCGUGCGCGGCGAUGAUCAAGAAGAGUCAGGCCCUCAACGCCUUGCUCACCAGCGGCACCGCCAUCUCCGAAUCCAACGCCACGAAUCUCGGCAAGGCUCUGAUGUCCUCGGCGAUUCACACGCUCAAGUUGGAGCACUGUGGGCUCACCGGGCGUCCACUGUCCUCACUCUGCUCCGCCCUGAAGAAGAACACGGUGCUGAAGGAACUGUGGCUGGCGCACAAUGACCUCAACUGCUACGACGCCUACACGAUUGGGAAUCUGCUGAAGGCCAACUACUACCUGCAGUUUCUCGAUAUCAGCAACAACUCUAUCGAGGACAACGGCGUGUGCCACAUCGCGGAGGCUCUCAUUAAGCAGAGCCAAUACUUUCGGAACACCACGAAUCCCAUCAGUUCUGAGAAGGCGCCCGAGAAUCCUGCCAUGCAGAAGUUCGAACCCAAGAAAACACUCCCUCCAGUUGUUCAACGUCCUGUAGCAGCGCCCAUUGUAGAGUCCCUGAAGGUGCCUGAAAAGAUUAUCUUAGCUCCUGAACCUGUUCCUGAGAUCUCUGAUGGCGAAAAGAGCGAAGAAUCUGCUGAUCCGAGUCCGCGGCUUGAUAGCAAGCUCGUGACGAUCUACGAAGGGGCUAGAAACAACAAUAACACGGGACCACAAGGGUCAAUUCCUGAGGUGUUGGACAGCACAGAGCGAGAGAUGUCUGGCGAUAGUGACGACAAGACAUCGGAAGACGAAAAGAUUGUACAAAGCCCAGUAUUAGCGGAUGAUGAGAGAUCGACUGAAACUGUGUCAGAGGAGAAGCCACUGGAGGAGAUCGAGCUGAAGAUAGUGGAGAAGGAGGAGAUCAUCCCAGUGGCUGUGGAGGCCACUGAAGAGGCGCCCGUGCCGACUGAGGCUGAAUGUCCGAACAACAAUUCGGCGAGUGACGUAAACGAGAGCACUCAUAUGUCGGACGAUGGCCAAGAUAAGGUGCUCAUCGACACGGAGCGCGAUAAAUCAGUUAAUGAAUUGUGCACAGCCAGUCUGAUCGAUAUAAAUAGGAAUCCCGUGAAGGAGAUUGUUGCAGGUGAUGUGACCCACAGCGAGGAAUUGACCACGCUGCCAAAACUAUGCGACGAGGCGACAAUAUCCGAGAUGCUUUCAUUCACCAAUUCCAAUGACGCGACACUGAAGGAGGCAAGUGUGCCAACGGACGCUAAUUUGAUCUAUCCUGGCACACCCAAAUCACCCAAAUGCUCCUCCGAUAUGACACCGGACAGCCCGGCCUCAUUCACGGUGUCACAGUCGCUGGACAGCAGCAUAGAUUUCCCGGAGAAUUCGCCAUCGUUCGAUUGUGUGUUUGAUGUGCCUGUGGCGCGGCAGAUCAUCCCUGAGCGCUCUCUCAGCUCGGAGAGUCUAAACAGCGAGACCUCUAUUGAGUCCAAUGACUCCAAGAGCUCUAUCAAGCUGGCUGAGAGCAAGUUCUCAAAGAAUGGGACUCUGGAGCGGCAGAAUUUGUCAUCAGUGGAGCCGCCGCCCAUCACGGCUCCCUCGGGACUCCAGGUGCUGGUAUUGUGGAAUAAUCGCAUUACCAAGAGAUCUGCGGCGCCGGUGUCGGACGUCUUGAAGGCCACCACGACGCUCGAGAUCCUCAAUAUUGGCAAGAAUAUCCUGUGCAACGAUUUCGUGACGAGCAUCAAAGCCCACCUGAUAACGAACACCAGCCUCACGAAUCUUGGUCUCCAGAGUGCUCAUCUCACGUGCAUAGCCGCAAAGACGCUGAGCGAGGUGCUGACAACGGGCCCCAAUGGGGUGCUCCAGCGCGUAGACCUUCGCGACAACAACAUUCAAAUACCAGGGAUUACAGCCCUCAACGACGCGUUGAAAGUCAACAAGACUCUCACUCGCUUGGAUUUGGACAACACUCUCAAACGAUAUGACACCGGCACAGACACCACGGAGUACUCCAGAAUCCUCACGAGCAUCCGGGCGCAGUGUCGACGCAAUGAGCAGCCACUGGAGCCGCGCGAUCCCAUCAAGCCAACAGCCAAGCGCGCGAGGAGCGCCUUUCUGCCGUCACGAAAGAUCUCUCUCACGUGCUCCACGCGUUCUCCGCUGGAUCUGAUGUGUGCGGGUGGGAAGCCGGAGAGGCAGUUGCUGGACUCAAAUAGGAAAAGUGGUGGGCGCCUGAGAUCACCUCUGCCCAGUCCUAAUCCAUCUCCCAGUGCAUCACCAGUGCCAAGUCCGUCCCGAAGCCGUUUUCAAGUGUCGCGCGUCAUCGAGGGUGGCUCCCCACUAACACCGCCCUCAUCCACGAGCAGCUCACCAACUAACUCCAUCACAAGUUCCCGCUUCCGUGUGACUACCAUUAAAGAGCAGAAGCCCGUGACACCCGCUCCGGCUCCUGUGGCAGUACCCGUGGUGGCCACGACUCCGAUCAUUGUGGAGAAGAUGGUGGUGCCUGAAAGGGAGAUCAAAGUGGAGGUGAUCGACAGUCCGGACAUGGAAGUGAGUCGUCUGCUCACAACAGACGACAACUCCUCCAUCGGUAGCGCGGACUCCUUCGACAGGCACGACAUCAACACUUCUCUGAGCUCCACGGACAGCCUGGACAUUAUGGGCAGUGAUCCGAUGGUGAAGUUUGGGGAGAAGCACAAGGGAAGUGUCUCCAGUCAGGAGUCAUUGUCCGAUUCCACGCAACAGGAAUCCUUCUGCUCUAUGAGCAGCAACGAGAACACCCUCACGAGCAGCGUUCAGCUAGUGCCCAAAGGACUCCAAGUCAAGAGCCCGGAGAAGCGAGUGAGGAAGACUUCACGGACACUGGCGCCCAAUCCUCAGGGAUUCGAUAAGUUCCUUCAAAUAUUUCAAACUCCUGUCGCCAUGUUUGCGCAGAAGAUGGAGCGAAAGUUGGACUUGGACGGACAGGAGAAUAUCAGCCAGACCCCAUCCAUUGCAUCCACACUCGUGCCGCGCCGUGACAGUCCCAUUGGGGAGCUGAUCGCGCGCGUGACGGGGUCUGGGAAGAAAGAGGCUUCGUCUGAAGACGUUACACCUGUUGAUAGCCAACCCACCACCGUCCUGCAGGCCAAUGUCAGUCCGGACAACACGGCCACUUGUCCAGAGAUAGACGUGCUGGCGGCGGAUUGCAUUCCUGUGGCGCUGAAGCAAGAGAUUAAGGAGAACAUCUCCCCAGAGCACACUAUCACCGCCGCCAAUGUGGACCUGCUGCAGGACGCCAUGCAGGUGACGAAGGUGAAGUUCGAGGUGGGCAGCGGUGAUGAUGAUACUGAGACGGAGGAGAUAAGCCAGAAGCUGGAGUGCGGACUGCGCCCACUCACGCCCACCGACGAGAGUCACUCUCUUGGGCAGAUCACCAGGGACUCGCUGAGCCUCCUGAAGGAGUCCUGCGGGAGUCGCCACGAGGACUCUCCAUCCGCCACGCCGAUGGUCCAGCACGCUGAGAAAUAGAGCGGAGGCACGGGUGGAAGCACGCUGAGACAGAGAGAGUGAAAAGAAGAGAAAUAACCUGUUGUUCUGUGAUAGGUUCAUUUGUGAUAACAUUAUAUUAACUUGAUUAGUUUUUUUUGUUAUUUUUAUGUCUUUUAUCAUUUAUUGGACAUUUUAUUUGACCUUUUAUUUUGUUUAUAUACAUCUCAGCGGGUAAAAUCUUAUUUAAAUGUAAGUCCAAUGUGAGGAUGCGAAAAGCAGAAACUUAUUGUGUGCGGAGAGGAGAAGGUGAAAUGAAACAAAAAGUUAAAAAAAAAACUACACUUAUUGCGGCAAGAAUCAAUUAAAGUCCCCUUUUUGUACCCCUGCCCCAACACUUAAGACAACUUGAUUAUGUAGAUUAGGUGACUUAACAAGGUGAAAUAAUUCAAUAGUUAACUCUUUUGUACUUUAAAUGAUAAAGACGCGAGGAGGUGAAGAGUGAAAAACAAUUAAAUCGAGUUGAAAAUUGUGAAUUAUAAAUUAUGUGACGUAAAAGUCCAAAUUAAGGUGAAAAACUAUUUAAGUAGGGAUUUUUAAAUUAAUCACAAAUGCCAUCGAGAAUGUCAUUCGAGAAUACAAGUCGAGAUGCGCGCAGAUAAAGGACAUUUAAUGAGAAAGACAAAUUGGGUGGAGAAAGAGAGAGAGAGAAAUAGUAUAGGAUUAUUCUAUUUUGUUACAACUAUUUGUUCCAAUAUAUUGUAACGAUUGUAACAAAUCACUGUACGUAAAAGUAUACAAUUUGUAGGAAUUGUGAUAUUAUUAAUUUGAAUUCACGAAAGUUACUCAUAAAUCUAUACAAAAAAGAAGCAUAAUAAUGAAUGAUGAAAAAAAAAGUGUAAUCGCGCAUAGAAUGAGAGGAUGUUAAGUGAGAAUUAUAACGAUAGAGAUGAUAACAAAGUGAAAUUGACCCCACCAAAAGCACGAUAAUUGUUACUACUUUCAAUAUAAUAAUUCUGAUCAUUUGUAUACAUUGUACUUGUUCAUGAUAUUGUUUAACACCAACAGACCUUCUUUACAUUUACACGCUCCCCGCUCUUUUCCCCCCACUUCACUCGAUUAAGUGAUUCUUUUUCUUUAUAAUCACUCGUGAACACAUUUAUGCAUAGCAAGAGAGUCGAGAUCAUGGUGUUAGUUAUAGUGUUUUAACAAUAAAGUAUAACUGUAAUUUUAAAAAUAAAAUCUGUACAUCUAGCAUAACGAUACCUUGAAGGAGAGAAUGGAGAAAUCAACUUCUAUGUACAAUACAUUAUUUUCACUUUUACGAUAUAUUUCAAAUUAUACUAAAAUGAUAUGCUAUUUUACUUGCAGGUUUGUGGAGGCGGCUUCUUCGCUAGAAUAUAAAAUUACAUGGUAGUGUCAAUCGUAUAAUAGUGAACACUUAUUAGUAAUUCUAUAGAUUGUAGCAAACGUAUGAGUACUUAUUGUAAAAAAUAGAUUGGAAAUAAAAUUAAACAUAUUUAAAAU